AUGUUGGUCAUUCUCCUUCCUAGUAAAUUUGUCAUCUUAUGUGUCACUAUAGAUAACCAUGUUGUUGUUGGGGAGCUGUUGGAAUCAAAAGCCAGUCAGCAUGUUGACAUGAACACACCAAAAUCAGUUCCAGUAGAUGUAAGCUACCCUGAUUCAGAAACUUCUCAAGUUACAGGAGGUUACAGCAUAGGUUUCUCCUUGACUGUGUUACAGAGUGAAUGCCAACAACUUAUAUGUGAAAUUCUGCGGGCUACUCCAGAAGCUGCAUCUGCUGAUGCUGCUGUGCAAACAGCUAGACUUGCAAACAAAACCCCUUCGAAAGCGAAAAGGGAUGAAUCAGAAAAUGGUCUCACCUUUGCAUUUCGUUUUACUGAUGCUACAAUAUCUCUUCCUAAUCAAGGAGUUGAUAUUGUUCGCCAAGGAUGGAAUAGGAAGGGUCCCAAUGUGCUGCAGGAAGGUUAUGGUUCUGCGGCGGUUUUACCUGAGGAGGGCAUAUAUUUAGCAGCAUCAAUAUAUCGACCUGUGCUACAGUUCACAGAUAAAGUUGCUUCAAUGCUACCAACAAAGUAUUCUCAACUUAGCAAUGACGGGUUGCUAGCUUUUGUGGAGAAUUUUGUAAAGGAUCACUUUUUACCAACUAUGUUUGUGGACUACCGAAAAGGCGUACAACAAGCCAUAUCAAGUCCGGCUGCAUUUCGUCCAAGAGCACAUGUGGUCACUACUUAUACCCCGUCAAUUGAGAAGGGUCGACCUGUAUUACAAGGAUUAUUGGCUAUUGAUUACUUGACUAAGGAGGUGCUUGGCUGGGCACAAGCAAUGCCGAAAUUUGCUAAUGAUCUUGUGAACUAUGUGCAAACUUUUCUGGAGAGGACAUAUGAAAGAUGCCGGACUUCGUACAUGGAGGCUGUUCUUGAAAAGCAGAGCUACAUGCUUAUUGGGAGGCAUGAUAUUGAGAAAUUGAUGAGACUUGACCCCUCCAGUGCAUAUUUACCAAAUCUGCAAGAUCCUUUUAAUUUAGAAAGCAAUUCCUAUGACGCUGAAACAAUUGAGGCUGAAGUAGAACUAAGCGAAUUAUUGCUAAACUUGCGUCUUAUUAAACAGGAAAACCUAAUCCACGAUGAAAAUAAACUUAUUCUGUUGGCAUCCCUUAGUGACUCAUUGGAGUAUGUUGCAGACUCUAUUGAAAGGCUUGGACAGACUACUCAAAGAGCAUCAAAUCAUAUUGGAGGAAAGCAUCAUAGUCAUUCAGACAGUGCACCUACAAGGAGUCUAGCAUCAUUUUCUCAAGAUUAUAGGAAAUUAGCAAUCGAUUGCCUUAAGGUUUUACGUAUAGAAAUGCAGUUGGAGACAAUAUUUCAUAUGCAGGAAAUGACAAAUACGGAAUACGUAGAUGACCAAGAUGCUGAAGAACCAGAUGACUUUGUCAUUUCUCUCACCGCACAGAUAACUCGAAGAGAUGAGGAAAUGGCCCCUUUUAUUUCAAAUGCAAAGCGGAAUUACAUAUUUGGUGGAAUUUGUGGGGUUGCAGCAAUUGUGUCUGUUAAGGCUUUGGCGGAUAUGAAGUCUAUCAAUCUUUUUGGUGUUCAGCAAAUAUGUCGAAACUCUAUUGCAUUGGAACAGGCAUUGGCUGCUAUUCCAUCCAUAAACAGUGAAGUAGUGCAACAAAGAUUGGAUCGAGUCCGAACCUACUAUGAACUCUUAAACAUGCCAUUUGAGGCCUUGCUUGCCUUCAUUACAGAACAUGUACACUUGUUUACUGCUGCAGAGUACGCCAACCUUCUGAAUGUUCUCGUCCCUGGUAGGGAGAUUCCUUCCGAUGCACAUGAACGAGUGUCUGAAGUCUUAUCCUUGUAG